UGGUUGGAUUCGAACCUAGACAGACCGAUAAAUUGAAGUGAAUAAAUACGUAGAAAAAACUUUGUUUGAGGCGAAAAUGGAGCCGGGUCGUGCAACUAAGAGUUGGAGCAUCCAUACCCGAUCGGAGAUAAUCGCCAAAUAUCAAGUCAUGGAACGUAUCGGCUCCGGAGCUUACGCCGACGUCUACCGUGGCCGUCGUCUCUCCGACGACCUAACAGUCGCCCUCAAAGAAAUCCACGAUUACCAGUCCGCAUUCCGAGAAAUCGAAGCGUUACAGAUGCUUCAAGGCUCUCCAAACGUCGUCGUUUUGCACGAAUACUUCUGGCGCGACGACGAAGACGCUGUUCUUGUACUCGAGUACCUUACCACUGAUUUGGCUACCGUGAUUUCCAAUGCUGCUAAGGAAGGGAUUCCGAUUCCAGUUGGUGAGUUGAAGCGUUGGAUGAUUCAGAUUCUUUGUGGACUUGAUGCUUGUCAUCGGAAUAUGAUCGUUCAUCGUGAUUUGAAACCUUCUAAUCUCUUGAUUUCUGAUUGUGGUGUUCUCAAAUUGGCUGAUUUUGGACAGGCAAGGAUACUCAUAGAGUCUGGAUUUGAUGCUUUUGAGGAGAAUCCACCACCAUGUGAGGAGGAUGGUUCUAAUCAUGAAAGUUCACUUCAUCAUCCUGAAGCUUUUCCUCACACUAACAACUUAAGCCAAUUAGGAUUUGAAAAUCAAGAGCAGGGAAGCAGUCAUGAAGAGUAUUUUAGUGUUUUAGAUGAGCUGAAAACAAAGAAAUCUGUGGAUGACGUUGACAAGAAUACAAACAUUCCGGAUGGAAAUACUUCUUGUCUUGCAACGUGCACAACAAGUGAUAUUGAUAAUGAUCCUAUGAGAACUUCUUUUAGUUAUGAAGCAAUGGAGGGGGAAGAUAAAGAACAUGGUUGUCUCACAUCAUGUGUUGGAACUCGCUGGUUCCGGGCUCCUGAAUUGCUUUAUGGAUCUGCUAAUUAUGGUUUAGAAAUUGAUCUCUGGUCACUUGGAUGUAUUUUUGCUGAGCUCUUGACUCUGAAGCCCUUGUUUCCUGGAACUGCGGAUAUUGACCAGCUCAGUAGAAUUAUUAAUGUUUUGGGCAAUCUUGAUGAGAGAGCUUGGGCUGGUUGUUCAAAACUUCCUGAUUACGGAAUAAUCUCGUUUAGCAAGGUAGAAAACCCUGCUGGUGUUGAAGCCUGCCUCCCCAACCGCUCCCCCGACGAAGUGGCUCUAGUAAAAAAACUGGUUUGUUAUGAUCCGGCUAGGAGGGCUACAACAAUGGAGCUACUUCAUGACAAGUACUUUAACGAGGAACCUCUUCCUGUUCCUGUUUCAGAGUUGCGAUUUCCUUUGACCAGAAAUACAGAAGAUGAUGAUUCUGUUGGUGUGUGGCAGGAUUACAAUGACAUUGGUUCUGAUUCUGAUUUUGAUGACUUUGGCCCUGUGAAUAUCACCAAAACUGAUACGGGUUUCUCCAUUCAGUUUCCUUGAGCUUGAUGGAUUCGAUGUACAUCAUGUUCUUGGAACCGCUGUUUCCAUUUGUGUUGUUCAACUGAUAUUUUACUCGCCAAAUACGUGGAAAGUCUGCGGUCAAGAGAUUAAUUGUAAGAAAAUCUAUUUUUCUGGUAUGACAUGUUUUGUGAACUAAAGGUUAAAUAGUGCAAAGCAAGCAGCAUGAUGGAUUGUAUGUUAGUGUAACAAUGAUAUCUGUACUCUGUAGUUGAUGUGUAAUACAGCAUUUUUUGAACACUGAACUUUGUAUGAACGAAAUAAUCUCCUACCUUUAAAUGUAACCAAGUGGAAAUUUUGCAAUGCAACUAUACAUGGAAAGCCGAAUGCGACAUGUUCUUUUUUCCUUGAAAUCCUUAUUCUCUUGGAACUCGAUCAAAACUGGAAGAAAUGGAAGGAUGCUACACUGAUAAAGGACCAAGCACCGAGCCGAGUAUCAUGACUCCAUAAAGUCUUUGCUUUGUCCUUAUCAUGAUUGGCUGUGUCUACUAAAUAUAUCUUUUGCAUGCGUCCUUAAAGAUGCAUCCAAUUUGUGCGGGAACUGAUGUCAAAGCAUGUUCUUGUGUAGCUAUGCAAUCUGUCUCUGAUAAUGAAUACCACUUGCUCUGCAGACGCAGCCUAAAUUCGGUUGUAGGUUUCUGUCUGAACUUCUAAAUUAGUAGUUUCUGUUAUUUUUAUUCAUUCUGUAUUUUUGAAGUCUUAUUGUAUUAUUUUUGUUUAGUUUAGAUAUUAACAAAAGCUAUGUCUUGUGACUUGUGUGUAGGUAGUGGCCUAGUGGGUAUAGAACUAUUGUUCUUUUUUGCCUCCUCUAAUACAUAGAACAUGGUGGGGGGUGAACACGACGAUUUUAUCUAUUUCAAUUAAUGCAAGAUGAAGAAGAAAAAAAAAUGGUUCAAGUUGAAUGUUGUGAAUUUACUGCAAAUUGUAUUUUGAUGUAUUAAAGGUUGAUAAUACUCAUGCAAAUUGUAAAAGAGUAUACUUGUAUGCUCAAAGUAUCUUUGGGUGUGUGACGCUAUGAAAAUACUUUGAUGGUCAUGAA